AUGGCGCCAUCAAUCACAAUCAGUGAAUACUUGAAACAACUAAUAAAAAAUGAUGAAAAAUUACAAAAUUUAUCAAAAAAAGAAAUGUCACAUUUAUUAAAUAAAAUUGAUAUUCAAUUAGAUCCAAAAACUUCAAAAGCAAUAGACAUCAUAUUAAAUGGUGAAACAAAAUUAAAAUCAUCUAGCUCAAGUUCUAGCUCCUCGAGUUCAUCAAGUUCUAGCUCUUCAAGCUCCUCAAGCUCUUCAAGUUCAGAUUCUGAUGGAGAUGAUGAAAGUAGUUCAAGUGAUGAAAGUAGUAGCAGCUCAAGUGAAGAUAGUAGUUCAAGUGAUGAUGAAAUUGAUAGCGAUAGUGAAAAAGAAGCCAAAGACGACAAAAUUAUACCUGCAUCAUCAAACGUAUCCAAGUCAUCAAGCUCAUCAAGUGAAAGUCAAAGUGACAGUGAUAGCUCGUCAUCAUCAUCCUCAUCAUCCUCAUCAUCAUCAUCAUCCUCAUCGUCUUCAGAUAGUGACGACUCAUCAUCAAGCUCAUCAUCAAGCUCAUCAUCAAGCUCAUCAUCAAGCUCAUCUUCAAGCUCAUCCAGUUCGUCUAGCUCAUCAUCAGAUAGUAGCUCAAGCGGCUCGGAUUCAAGUUCAGACUCAGAAUCGGACUCAAAUUCAAAAAGGAAAAGAAAACACGAAGAUGACAACAAAGAAACUACAACCACAACAGUAGUCAUAAAAAAGCCUAAAAUUUCCUCACCAACCUCAGACUCAUCAACUACAGAUUCAAUAACUGAAGUAACAACAAUCAAAGCAGGAUCAAUCGCGGCAACUCCAGAACCAGAUUUAAAACCAGGACAAAGAAAACAUUUUUCAAGAAUUGAAAGAGACAAAAUAGCAUUUGAACAUCAAGCAUUACAAGAUAAUACAUAUAAAGGAGCAGCAGGUACUUGGGGUGAAAAGGCAAGUGAAAAAUUGUUACAAGUUAGAGGUAAAGAUUUCACCAAGAAUAAAAAUAAAAUGAAAAAGGGAAGUUAUAAAGGUGGUAGUAUUACUUUUGCAAGUGGUUCAUAUAAAUUUACUGAUUAA